CUGCAGUGUGCCAACAUCAGCAUCCUGGAGCCCAACCUCUGCCAUCAGGCAUAUCCAGGCCACAUCUCCGACCACAUGCUCUGUGCCGGCCUUUGGGAGAGCGACCGGGGCUCCUGCCAGGGUGACCCUGGGGGCCCCCUGGUUUGCAAUGGGGCCCUGGCGGGUGUGGUGUCUGGGGGCUCGGAGCCCUGCUCCAGACCCCAGGGCCCUGGUGUCUAUACCAGUGUGUGCCACUACCUGGACUGGAUUCGAAAAACCAUGGAGGACAACUGAGACCUCGCGCCUUGGACGACCAGGAAAGGAGGGUGGGCACAGGGUAGGAGGGUUGGCCAGACUCCAGUCUCAAAGGUCUCCGCCGUUCUCCUCGGCUGGCCUGGAGACACCUUCUGGAUAUUCAAGUUCCCAGCUUCUGGAUAUCAGACCCGGCCCCGAGAACUCUUUGAAUCCUGGUGGGGCCCCGACCGGGAGAAGUUGGGAGAGAUUCUCUGUCCCCUCCGAUCCAAGGGAUGAUUUUACAUUAAACGCGCCUUCCUACUG